AUGUCAAGACCAGGGAAUAAGAUCAUUCAAGCCAAGCUGGUACUUCUUGGAGACAUGGGAACAGGAAAAACUAGUUUAGCAUUAAGAUUUGUUAAAGGCCAUUUCUACCAAAACCAGGAACCAACCAUAGGAGCUGCUUUUUUCACGCAAAUAUUAUCGUUAUCUGAAGCAACCGUGAAGUUUGAUAUAUGGGACACAGCAGGACAAGAACGAUAUCAUAGUUUAGCUCCUAUGUAUUAUCGCGGUGCAGCAGCAGCAAUUGUUGUUUAUGACAUCUCUAGCAUUGAUACAUUUGUUCGGGCGAAAAAAUGGGUUCAGGAAUUGCAAAGACAUGGAAGUCAGAAGUUGGUGAUGGCAUUAGUAGCAAACAAAUGUGACUUGGAGCCAAAGAGAGAGGUCGAAACUGAGGAAGGAGAUCAAUUUGCUCAAGAAAAUGGAAUGUUCUACAUGGAAACAUCUGCUAAAACUGCUGAGAACAUCAAUGAGCUUUUCUAUGAAAUAGGAAGGAGACUAGCAAAAGCUUUUCCAUCAAAGCCUACUGGAAUAAAUCUAAAAAGUGAAAUACAAGGUGGUGGGAGAAAGUUUUUUUGUUGCUCAACGUGA